UUACGUGUCAAAUCACUUAUCUUCUAUUAUUCUUAAAAUUCCAAAUUGCAAUACCAAAUGUUUCGGUCUUAAAAAUUAACACCAUCAUGCUGAAAAAUAUUACAUGCAGAUGCUGCAAAAACAGCAUUAAGGCCAUCCAAAAGCGUUUGUAUUGUGAAUGCAAAAGCGGCGAAGACACAAGUAUAAAGAGUAAGUUGGCCAAAAAAAUACCCGAGGAGCGUAACAAGUUUUUGGGUAUCAAGUGUCUGCAUGGCCAUAAAAUUAUUGGCCAGAUCAGCGUAAACAGUGUAAUUGGCGGAAUGCGAGGACUUCCGCUCCUGUUCUGUGAGACCUCCAGCCUGGACAAAAACAAAGGAAUCUUCUACCGCGGCAUUUUGCUGAAGGAUGUGUGUGCCAAGCUUCCGCGGGUGAUCGAGGGAACCCAGGAGGGCACUCCGGAGGGCUGUUUCUACCUCCUGACCACCGGAUCAAUGCCCACCAAGGAGGAGGCCGAGCAGGUCACCCAGGAGUGGUUGACACGUGGAAAUGUGCCAGACUACUGUUUCCGGCUGAUCGACUCAAUAGACAAGAGUGUGCAUCCGAUGGCCCAGCUGUGCGCCGCCUGCGCCUGCCUAACUGCCCAAAGCAAGUUCGUGGAGGCUUACAACAAAGGAGCCAAGCGGGGUGUCUACUGGGAGUACACCUACGAGGACUCGAUGAACCUGAUCGCCAUGCUGCCCACCGUGGCGGCGGCCAUCUACAACAACGUCUUCAAGGACGGCGAGGGAUCCCGGGAGUUGGACGAGGAGGAGGAUUGGUCGGGCAACUACUGCCGCAUGCUCGGACUUUCCGACAAGGACUUCGUCGACCUCAUCCGACUUUAUAUGGUCCUGCAUGCGGAUCACGAGAGCGGCAAUGUUUCCGCCCACACCUCCCACUUGGUCGGUUCGGCUCUCAGCGAUCCUUUCCUCUCCUUCGCGGCCAGCAUGUGCGGCCUGGCUGGACCACUCCACGGAUUGGCCAACCAGGAAGUGCUCGUCUGGCUGACGAAGCUCAGGAAGGCAAUUGGCGACGACCCCACCGACGACGAGCUGAAAAAGUUCAUCGACGAUACACUGAAAAGCGGGCAGGUAGUUCCCGGUUAUGGACACGCAGUGCUGCGGGACACCGAUCCGCGUUUCGUACUGCAAAACGAGUUUGCCAUGAAACACUGCGCGGAUGACCCCGGUGUGAAGCUUGUAACUCGUUUGUGGAAGAUUAUCCCGGAGGUUCUCAAGAAUCUCAACAAGGUGGCGAAUCCGUAUCCCAAUGUGGACGCCCAUUCAGGUGUCCUGCUGCAGCACUACUGCCUAAAUGAGCUGCAAUAUUACACGGUCCUCUUCGGCGUUUCCCGAGCUAUAGGUGUUCAAGCCCAGUUUAUAUGGUCACGAGCUUUGGGAGCUCCAAUCGAGAGACCAAAGUCUUUCUCCUCAUCGGAAAUUUGCAACUUUAUUAGGGAAGCGGACAAAAAGGCAGCGGAAGCAAAUUGCAAAAAGAAUGAAAAGAAGAAGUGAUAGUACAAUAGUUAAUAGCAUUAUUGGUAUUUAAAAAAAAUAUAAAUAUACCAUUCCAAAAUUUUAUAUUUUGAAAAGCCUCUAUUUUACGGCACGUAUUAAAGUCACCUUAGAUAUUUGUCAUUAACA